AUGACUGAUCUGAGAGCGAUGUUCGCUCGACUUAGCUUGUUCGACGACGGGAGUUUGUUAGCUGAGCUUCAAGUUAAAGCAGAGCACCAGUUGCCAUCGGGAUUGCUGCAGCCGAUUAAGAUUCCACUAUGGAAGUGGGAGCGAGUAACGAUGGAUUUCAAGCUGGUGAAGCUCUAUAUUUCUGAAAUAGUGAGACUGCAUGGGGUACCGGUUACGAUCAUCUCUGAUAGGGAUCCUCGUUUCACGUAUCAGUUUUGGAAAAAGGUGCAUGAGACUCUGGGUUCAAGUUGGGAGGAUUAUCUGCCGUUAGUAGAGUUGGCCUAUAAUAGUAGCUUUCAGUCUAGCAUCCAGAUGACACAUUACGAGGCACUGUACGGUCGUAAGUGUCGCACUCCUUUAUGUUGGACUGAGUUGGGCGAGCGACGUGUUCUGGGACCUGAGUUGGUCUUUGAGACAGAGGAUAAGGUCUCACCAUGGAAGAAGUUACUGAGGUUUGGUCGUAUGGGCAAGUUGAGCCCUAGGUUUAUUAGACCUUACCAUAUUCUGAAGCGAGUGGGACCAGUUGCUUAUCAAUUAGAGCUACCUCCGGCGUUGGAUCGUAUCCAUGAUGUGUUCUAUGUCUCUAUAUUGAGGCGUUACCACUCUGAUCCUACUCAUAUUGUCCUUGUUGAGGAGAUCGAGGUUAGGCCAAACUUGACCUUUGAGGAGGAGCCUGUCCACAUUCUGGAUAGUGACGUAAAGGUUUUGAGGAGGAAGUCUAUUCCUUUGGUGAAGGUUCUAUGGCAUAAUCAUAGCACUGAGGAGGUCACGUGGGAGCCUGAUGAUGCGAUGCGUCGCAGUAUCCUUAUUUGUUUUGAUCAACUAAGAGUUGUAUUGGGGUAA